AUGGCCGAAAAGCUCCUUUCUUGCUUUCGACGGAGAAGAACAAACGGGUCAAACUUCAAACGCUUUCGACGGAGAAGAACAAACAGGUCAAACUUUAACGUAUACUCACAUGACCCAAAAGAGAAGGUCUUUGAAGCUACAAAAUCUGCAGAUGCUGUGCUCCUUAAUGAAGUUCUUCAGGAAAUGGAUUGUACAGAAAGAAUUGCUUUGUUAGCUGUUGAUGAAAAUUCAGAAGACACACCAUUGAUAAGUGCUGUUCGAAAUGGAAAUCUUGACUGUGUGAAAGUACUUCUGAAGUAUGGAGCAGACAUCGAAGGUCAAGCAUACUCUUUUGAUUGUGGGGAAAGAAGGUUUCGUAAUUUUCCUUUUCAACGUUGCACACCCUUGUUUGCUGCGGCUGCCAAUGGAUAUCUCGAUGUUUUGACUUACUUGGUUGAAAAUGGAGCUGAUGUCAAUGCAGCUGAAUGCAGUGACAAGAGACUUCGUGGAUCCACAUAUGGACAGAAGUUACAGUCCUCUGACGAUGGCAAUUGGAAGAGAACAUAUUGA